ACUACGAACAGAGUGAGGGUGACAGUGACACUUCAGUGACUUGAACUGACACCAUAGGUUACGGAACUUCGUAGUUUUGUUUUGUUCUGUGAAGUUUUCGUUGAGCCUGGUUUUGUGAUGACAACGAUAUACUCUAGUUAACAUUGUUUCAUAUUACCAUAAAUUGCAACAUUAUAAUUAUUGUGACCUUCACCGUUCGCCGAAACACGACUAGAUCUAGUGAUAUAUCAAGAGUGCUUUUGAAAUUCGAAUCUCGUGAAGAGUGACUCAUUUGUGACGUCGACGUUAAGACUAUGGGUCAACCCAAGGAGAAUUAGGAGGUUAUAGUUCGAACUUCGUCAGUGGUCCAGUUGAACUACUGACGCGAUAGUUCGCUAAGGAGUGUCGUCCUCGUCAGAUCGGAAGCGAAGGUUCCUCACAUGCUGAAAAAAAUGUUAAAAGCUGCUGUGAGAUGCACAGGUGCAAUCCCAAAAGCUCGAAGAAAUGACAAGGCCCCACCAAAAACUGGAGAAGAAGGUGCAGAACAGCAAGAUGCUUCUCCAGAGCUUGUAAUUAAGCAUCCUCUACAAAAUACAUGGACUCUAUGGUUCUUCAAGAUAGAGACAAAUCGUUCCUGGGAGGAUUGCCAAGUUGAAAUUGCUAGUUUCACUACUGUUGAGGACUUUUGGGCGCUUUAUAAUCAUAUAGAACCUGCAUCACGACUUAAAGUAGGCUGUGAUUAUUCAAUGUUUAAGCAUGGUAUAAAACCUAUGUGGGAAGACAGUCACAAUAAAAGUGGCGGAAGGUGGCUAAUAAACCUAAACAAGCAGCAGAGAUCAACAGAACUGGACAAUUUCUGGAUGGAAGUGCUCUUGCUUUUGAUUGGUGAAGCUUUUGAAGAUCACAGUGAUGAGGUCUGUGGUGCCGUGGUAAAUGUUCGGAGCAAAGGUGACAAAAUAGGUGUGUGGACAGCUGACGCCAAGAAAAGCGAAAGCAUUUUGAAGAUUGGGCACACACUGAAAGAACGUCUAUGCAUCCCACGAAUGAUCAACAUUGGCUUUCAGGCUCACACAGAUACAAUGGUUAAAUCUGGAUCAACUGCUAAGAACAGAUUUACUGUCUGACAACUGCAGUUAAUUAUAGUUUCCCUUAUUUACAUUGUGGAGAUGCAACAGUUAGCCUUUUUUAUGUUCAUAUGUUUCUUGAUUCCUAUAUAUAUAUGUAUGUACUUUGUUGCAGUCAGGAAAAACUUGAUACCUUGGAGAAUUAGUAAGAGUAUGCAUUACUUUAACUAGUUAAAUGCAGCAUUUUCCAGUUAUGGACUGAAGAAGACUACAUGUUGAGCAAUCCAGUUUUGUGGUUAGUGUAAAUGAAAGUUGAUCUGGACAAGUAAAACAAAAAUUUUGAGUACUAAUAACAUUUUUCAUGUAUUUAUUGAUUUUCGAUAACAGUUCUAAGGAAAGGGAUAAUGCUUUACAAGCAAUUCAGUGAUUUCUCUGUUGGUUUGUUAUUCAUGUGAAACGUUUGAUCAAAUUUUUAAAGACUAAACAGUAUCUUGCAUUGUAUGGAGUAUAGUUAUAGCCAGAGUUUUUGUUUUACUUAUCCAUUUAAAAUUACAUAAUACAGGAGAGUACAGUAUGUAAAUUGAAAAUAGCCUAUUUGUUUUUGUAGUUAAUUUAUUUACAAUGUUGCUUGUUACUUUUAUUUAAGCUUGGGAGGAAUAUUGUUGCUAAAGUAAAAAGAAAAAAAAAAUUAAUGCUGGAAUUCUCUACAGCAAAUAUUCAUUUAGCAAAAAUUUUCCAAUUCCCUGAAAUAAAUCACUAUUUCUAUUAAUCAUUGGGUAUUUUUGUAUAUAAUUUAUGAAUUGUGGUGUAUUAGAAAGUGAACUUUAGCUUGACAUUGUGUGUCUAAUAUGUAUCUAAUUACACAAUAAGUGAAUGCCUCUGCAUACCCACAGGAAAACAUUUGUGUAGCAUUACACAAUUAUGUUCACCACUAAUGAUAUGGCUGUUAUCAUGGAACUUGCUACUGGAAGUUUGUUGGCUUUCAAAGUGAGACAGAAUUCUAUGGUUGUCAAGUAGUGUAUAGGAAGGUGGGUUAGAAAAUUGUAAAUCAAAGGAAUAAAGGUGAGCACCUAAUAAACUUUUAUCUCAAAAGUCAUAGCAUAUGGAACAUGAUGCAGUAAGGAUUUUGUAGUAUAGUAGUUUGAUAAGGAAUUUAUAAGAAGUUAUUGCAGUAGUUCCACAUGCAAUGAUUUUUUAUUAUUAUUUUUUUUUUUGCUUAGAAGCAGAGGUGAACCUCUUGCAUUUGUUUUAAGCUUGUUUCAGGAGGUUGUCUUAUUUGCAUAGGGAAAUGUUGCUUAGCUCUGUUGAAUGCGAGCUCCAUUGCCUCUGAAGUCACCCACACCCUCUUAUGUUUUCUCUCAAUUUGUACAAGCUUUACACUCAAGACCUUUGCAUCUCCCAAAGUUUUUGGCCAAAGCCUAUCAAAUGCCUGAAAGUGAAAUGAAGGUGAUGAACCACAUAGAAUUUUGUUGUUUUUCAAGUACUGUUGUAAAAGACUCAAUAAAUUUUGCUUACUACCCCAAUUAAUAUGGUUUAUCAGCUGUGAAGCCUAUACUCUACUUUUUUUAGUGUAAAAAAUGCACUUAGAAGCGGUCUGCAGCUUGAUGAUGAUGGUUGACUGAUUUAACAUAGAGUAACUUUGUUAUAUAGCAUAAAAAUAUUCUGUAAUUAAUAUUUUUUAUCCAAAACCCAUUUAAAAUCUUUGACUUGGGAACAAGUAUCACAUUUUUUCAUGGUUUCACAAUUCAUGAGUCAACAUUUUCUAUAGUUUUACAAUUCGGAGUAUCAACAGUCACAACAUAAUUAAUGGUAAAAUUGGUUAAAAGCAGCUUUCAUUGAGAUUACCCAGUAAAUUAUAUUUAGCAUAAGACAGUGUCUUGACAUAGAACACUCAACAAUUGUCAAACUGCUGGAUACUUCGUAGUGCAAUUUUGCCAUAAAAAGAAAAUAGACUAUAGGUGGGGUCAUGUCUGUAUUGCAGGUUAAAAAACAGCACCUACUUACAUCAAGUAAUGAAAAAUGUAGAGAAGAUUUUCAAAGAACAUGCAAAGGGUGUCUGUAAAAUUCUGUGAUAACCCCAUUAAAUUAUUUCAUAAUACAUGUACAUAAAUGUAUCAAGUUUGCUCUUAUUGAGCUCUCUUGGAGGUUUAAAGUUUACUUUAUAUUUUAUGUAAAGAUGGCUGGCUAUUUUUCACCAGCUUUAUAUAGUGAAUAAGAAUGGUGGGAAGUCACAUUUGUUUCAUGGCUUAGUCAAUGAUGGUAAUCUUGCUUGUCUUGAAACUUCCAGACAUGGUGUUGGAUGUUUAUGUAGACUUUGUUCCUAUAUUAAAUUUUAACUAGCUAUGAUUCCACUCUAGUGGUUUGCAUUAGGGGAAAAGUUCCAGGUUUUAUAUUUACUACUAAAAGAAUGGAUACAUAGCUAGACUUUUUCUCUCAUGCCUUAUCUGUGACUUGAAAAGAUCAUCCAUCAUCACUACAUUUACAGAAACUAAAGGAAUUUCUUUCUUACAAAAUAUUAAAAUUUAAAAAAAAUAUAUAGUUGUAGACAUACCUCUUUUUUUGUAAUAAAAUAGGUGUUAAGAA